AAAACUACAGAAAAAACAUGGUAGUAGAUUCAGCAGACUGAUCUGUACUUGUGACAAAAAGAGACCAGAGGCUCGUCUUUACUUUCUUGUGGAGGAUUAUAUGGUGAGAGGAUUUGCACAGUGUAAGGAAAAGAUUGAAAGAUGGCCACAGGAUUGUAAAGUUAUAAUGAAACCAUUGAUCACACAACUGGAGAAGUAUGACAAAUCUGAAGUGUGGCACAGUCUCUUCAAGUUUGUCUUCUACUUCAACUCGGUGGAUGCCAAUCUAUUGAACGUGUUUGACGUGGGUCACAAACUGCCAGGAGAAUGCUCCACCUAUAUUCCACGACAGGAGAAACCUUACCUGUAUCAAGCAAGCGUCCCAUUUACAAUUGUUCGCCCUCCACCGACAACAACUGUUACAGCAUCAAGUGCCGGUGCUUCUGGGACAUCAACAACUCCAUCUGGCAUUGGAGCUUCUAGUUUCCAGGGCAGUAUUUCAGUAUCGAGUGUUUCAACCUCAACACCUCCUGCUAAGCCAGAGAAAAAGAAAGCAACAUUAAAGAGACUGUGUCCGGACGAUUGGUCAGAUGAUUGCUAUUAUCACGGGAAGAAGAAGAAGUUUGUGUUUCAAUGCGUGGUUAACUACCUUCAUAAAAAUGGUGGACUACCUAUCAAGCUGAAUAUACCAUUUUCAAUGGCAGUCUGUGCUUGUAAUGAAACUGUUGAUUUCAACGAUUUUUACAAAACUGAGGAUGAGUGUGAGACCGAUUGUCGUACCAUGAAGAUCAAAUUGGCGCUAUGGCGAGGGGACAGCAAGGCGAGCAUUCAGCCCUAUAUCGAACUUCUAGAGGAGUAUACCCGGAACAAGAAAAUCACCGAUGGUUUCUUGAAACUGGUUUACCACUUCAACCAGGUAUAUCGGCGAGACCUUGCUUACUACGAAGAAUUACAUACCCUCGUUAAAAAACAGAGGAACAUGAAACAGAAAUAGACUGGACAACACAGUUAUGUGCAUUGAGUGAACAUAUGGUAGAGAUUGCAAGUUUGGUCCAUGAAUUUAAUAACAGUAUAAAUGAUUUUGUAUAUGUCCUAUAUGAUAAUAUAUUAUAGUCUAUUUCAAAUGUAUAUGUAUUAUUCUGUGUCUUGCUUUGAAUGGUUAGGCAUUUAUAAUUUAGUUACAAUUUUAAGAUUUUUGUGUUACAUAUCGAAGAACUUUUUGUAUAAGAUAUUGAUUGGGUUUCACUGAUCCCACAAUAACAUAGUAAUCAUUGCAUUUAUUUUGGUGAAUUGAUUAAAACUUUCAAUAAAGAGAUAGUCCCUUACUUCUGUGUGGAUAUGACUUAAACAUAAUAUGCUAAUAAGUGAAUUAUAGGGAAGCUAAAUUCUUGCAAAAUGAGUGAAUAAUUUGAGUCAUUUGAUAAUUCAGGUUGCAAAUAGAAUGUAUUUAUCAUUUAACUUCUGUAAGAAAGCUAUCAUUUAAAUGUUCCUGUAAUAUUUCAUUUUGAAAGAGUUUAAUAUUCUAUCCUUUAUCUAUUUAAAGGCCCAAUAUGCCUUGCAAAUGCUAUCAUUUUAUUUCUCAAAACUUUUUUAUUUCUGGUAUCAUGUCAGAGUUUCCUAAAAAAAUACUUUUUUUGCCAUAUAGAUGAAUAGACUACUUCUUUUGCUUUGUUGGCAAUUGCUAUAGUAAUAGUGAAUUACUAUUUUGUAUGGAAGUAAAAAAAACUACCUUGAUUACAUUUUGCUACCUUUAUGACACAUUACUGCUAACUCAGCACUACUUUCUUCAGCUGUUAAACAUCUAAUGUGCGGUAAAUCCAUUAUUAAAACAUUAUUAAACACUUGUUUGACAUUUCUAAAGAAAUUUGUAUAUGUGGAUUUCUGAGGCAUAAUGUGCCUUUAAAGGUUGAUAUUAUGUUAGCAUUGUUUUGUACAUUUUGUAUAUGCCUAAAAUUAAUGUGCAUUUUCUAGGGAAAACUGCCACUGGAGUAUCUUUGUUGAAUUUAAAUUGAAAUAAUGUAUGUAAAUUUUGUUAACUGUUACAAUGACUGAUCCAUGGUAUGAGCUAGGGAUAUGGAAGAAUGAAGUUAUUUUUUAUUGUAUUUACUGAUUACUGAUCAUGUACAUGUAUUUUCAUUUUUGAAUUCAUUGUUAAUUUUGAUGUUUUGCAUUUUUCAUUUACUUGCAUUAUUGUUUCAUACAUGCUAUUUUGAUAUUGAAAUGUUUUAUUAUUUCUUAUUUUCCCAAGAUUACAUAUGUCAUCGUUUACAUUGUUAAGAAAAGUGCUAGAAUACAAAGUUUUUCAUUCUUAGGAUACCAUCUCUGUCGUAACUUUGAAUUACCCAGUUUGAAUUUUGCAUUGAAGUUUGAUUCAUCAAUUGUGACCUUUUGUUGUAGGCACUUAAAACAACAUGGAAUAUUUGAUAUAUGAAUGAUUGGUUUUACUUCAAACAAAAUUUAUCUUAAAUUACUUUCUAUAUUCAUAUAUAUGUACAUGUAUGUAUACAUGUAUAUGGUUUUACUUCAAACAAAGUUUAUCUUAAAUUACUUUUGUAUACAUGUAUAUACAAAUGGAUGGUUUUUCUUGAAACAUACAUAAAUUGCCAUGUAUGGAGUUUCAACAAGUAUGUAGUCUUUUUAAAUGAAAAAAAAAAACAUGGAAAAUAGGAGCGCUUAUAAUCGAUUGUAUCAAAGGCUCACAAAAAAAUUUGAGUAAAUAAUUGCCAAUUUAGCUUUGUUUAUUUGUUUGCAUAUUCAUGUUAUACAAUUGUAUGCUGCUUGUCUUCUCAGUUUUGUCAUACCUAUUUAGAUAACUUAACUGUCAACUUAUAGGAAUAUCAAUUCAAUUCAAUAUAUUUUAUUGCAUAAAACAUAAUAUAUUCUUUAUAUGACUUUAUGUUUUUGUGAUGUGAAUUUCUUACUGUUUUAUUGCAUUGAUGUGUGUAUGAAAAGUAUAAAUGGAAUAAAACAAGUUAACAGAG